UGACUUUGUUACAAACUAAAUAGUAGUUACUAAGCCCUUAGUGUGAGCUUUACGUCCAAACUUACUUGAGAACUUAAGCACAGCUGGUGCAACCCUACCCUGCUGUGUAACAACCGAUGACAUUCAAGAUAUUGCUAAUCAAAUGUUUCCUUGUGUUUUUGUACAGCAAUAGAUAUUUUUGUGAAACAAAAACUCACCAACUGGAAUCGUUGAAUAAUUUGCAGACAUGCAGGAGUUGCAUAAGGAAGUCUUAAGAAACUUUGUGCUCAACUCAACUCUGCCUAAUUCACUGUUAGGAGGUCAACCUGCACAAGACGUGAUCCAGAGAGGUCACUACACACCCCUCUCAGUGUGUGCGUUUGAGCGCAACUUUGAUGAGGUGAAGAGAGGGGAUUUGGAAACUUUAGAAGAUGUCAUGUCUCGAGAAUUUUCACCAGGAUCUGAAGGACGUAGAGUUGUUCUUCAUGGCGGUACUGGAAUGGGUAAGACUACAGCAGUUGAAAAGAUUAUUUGGGAUUGGACAUCUGGCACACGUCUGCAACAUUACACACUUUUGCUGCGGGUGAGUGUUGAGGAGCUGAGCACUCUUGGAGAGAAAACCGAUAGUUUGAGUAGCAUAUUGAUCCGCACACACCCUCACCUCUCCCCAGAGUCCCUUGUUCUUGCCCUACAGAGGCCUCAGUCAUUGCUUCUUUUGCUUGAUGGGCUGAAGAGAUUCCCAAACUUACUAUCUGCUCCACCACCCUCCUCUAGUUUUAUCUGUGAUGUACAACAUCAAGCAUCUGGCACCGUCUUGCUGUGCAGUGUGCUUCAUGGCUCUCUGCUUCCAGGUGUCUCAAUGCUGGUUACAUCCACAGAGCCAAUCGACAUCAAGUCAUUGAGGAGCUUUGAGAUCCAUGGGUUCUCCAAGACCCAGAGGAGAAUGUUCUUCCAGCAGUUCUUUGGUGAUGGAAGCCAAGCAGAGAGACUUUUCUGGCACAGUGAGCAAGCAUUGGGAGUGUACGAGCAGUGUUUUUGUCCGUCUUUCUGCUGGACACUUUGCAGCGUUUUUAAAACUCAGUUUGAGAGAAAAGAAACCCUACCUGAAACUCUUACCCAUCUCUUCAGCAUCAUUACAAACAUGCUUCUGCAAAAACAGAAGAUGAAUUUCGAGCAAAGCAGAGAGCUCGUGUCUGGUCUGAGCAAACUUGCUUUUACAAAAUCUACCAAAAGUGAGGUCAUACACUGCGGCCUGCAAUCUUUUUUGCACUCUCCAUUUCUGCCUGCUUUUCUGUGCAUCAAUGGUGAUGUCACUUCCCCUGAUACCACAUUCUCCUUCCUGUCUCCAGUGAUGCAAGUGUUCUUAAUGGCUGUCUCCUUUUAUAUCGGCCAAUCAGACAUGAUCAAAGAGGCCCUGGGGGAGUGCACGGAUCUGUACUACACUUUCCUUGCAGGAUUGUCAGACUCUGGUCAACGUAAGCCGAUUGAAGACUCCGUGGGCAGCUUCGAUGAAAGCCGCAUCUCUGAGUUCUCUCAAUGGAUGGUGGGCACAGCUUCCACAGUGUUGCCAGGUUUUGAUAAAAAGCAACACUUCCAUGUCUUUCGUCUUCUGCUCCACACACGCAGCUCCAGUCUGGUCAAAGAAAGCAUCAGCAAGUCCCCGUGGAGGCAUAUGAGUUACAGUGACUUGCAGGAGUCAGACUGCACUGCACUGUCAUAUGCAGUGAGUUGCGUGGGAGAGCUGGAACACAUGAACCUGUAUGGGGCACACCUUACAGAUGAGCAGGCAGAGAGACUCCUACCAGCAUUACGGCUGUCGAAGAGCAUUGGUCUGUCGCAAAGUCAUCUCAGUCUGGGUGCCAUCACUCACCUGGCAACAGCGCUAGCUAAGGGGAGAGCGACUGCGCUGGAUUUGUCCAACGCCAGACUGGAACAUGGAGCAGUCGAAAUAAUAUGUGAUUCACUCACAAACUCCACGCUGCAGUCACUAAAGUUUUGUGCAUGUUCGUUGACUGCUGCUGAUUGUGAAGCACUGGCUGGGAUGCUCUCUGGAGGCUCUACGCUGCGUGUGCUGGAUCUGUUCGGUAAUGAUCUGCAGGAUCAAGGACUCAUUCAGCUGAGCAGUGUGCUGGGGAACUGCACACUACAUGAAAUCAAUUUGGAUCUUUGCUCUCUGACUCAUGCAUCCAUGUCUGCAUUAUCGUCAGCUCUGACCAGUGGUUAUUCAGAGCUUAAGACACUAAAUCUGUCAAGGAACGCAGUGACUGAUGAUGGAAUGGACUUGAUCUCAAAGGCCUUACAGACGUCCCAGUGCCGUCUCAACACUUUGAACGUGAAUGACUGCGAGUUGACUGGCUCAUGCUGCUCCUCUCUGGCAGCUGCCCUCCAAUCAGAACACUGCAAUCUGACUGAACUGGAACUGUCCGUGAAUGAGCUCGGCCAAUCAGGAAUGCUAAUAUGUGAAGCCCUGAAAGCUCCAAAUUGUAUGCUGGAAAAACUGGGAAUGGCAAGAUGUGAGUUGACUGUGGAGGUGUUUCGAGAAAUGGAGAGUGUUUUGACAUCUGGCAUGUCACAGCUUGUCAGUCUCACUGUAGGACUCAACGCAGUGGGCGAUACUGGAGCCAAACACAUGUGGGGGGCACUAAGACACAAAAACUGCAAACUACAGCACCUGGAUCUGGAGAUGUUGUCACUGACUGAUGCUUGCGUUGAGGAGUUAUGUGAAUCCGUUACAGCCAGCAGCACUUUAUCGACUCUCAGCCUGAAAAUCAACGGCCUGACAGACUCCUCUGUACCACAGUUGGUCAAAUUAAUGCAGGAUCAUCCAAUCAUGAGCGAGCUAAAUCUGCAGUAUAAUGACUUCAGUGAGGAUGUUUUUGAAUUGAUGGAAACCUGCCCAAAAAUCCGUUACUAGAGAAAAAACUUCAGGUUGGGAACAUCUGGACAUUUAUUCUGCUAAGCAGUACUGGAACCACUUUGAGAAAAGGACCGUCUUUACUCUUUUGAUUUGAUUUAUCAUUGGACUGUCAUUAUUGUGGUUCUUUUGCAUACUGUACAACCCCCAAAAUGCAUUUAAUUCAGAACAUCUGACUUAAAGAAAUGGACACUUGGAACUUAAAGUUACAGUAUAAUGAUGUAUUUAACAGUACAUGUUGAGAACAUUAUUCCGGACUAAUCCACUCUCAGAAUUGAUGGGAACAGCUUUGGAGGCACUUAGAGAGGACGGUCAGUUUGGCAUUUGAUGUUUUUCUUCAGAAUAAAGCUGUUGUAUACAAAAUUUGAACUGAGAACCAAUAAUGACAUGACCUCACAGUAUUAUACAGCAGUGAGUGCCAUCUAGGGAUGUCAUACAUCUUUGGUAGCUCUCAGUGUUGCACACACACCCUGCUGAAAAGAGGUAGAACAGCAUGAAUUUCCAUGCUGGUUUGGUGUUGGUCUUGCUGGUUAUGCUAUGCAAUAGUUAGCAUAGUUACGCUUUUCACUAGCAAAACAUUGCAUAUUUGCUGGUAAAUCUGGUCCACCAAAUACAUUUAGCUGGUUAAGUUAGAUAAGCAAAAGUUCACCCCAAAAUGUACAAUUGCAAAAUGUAGUAUACAAGUCGUAUGUACAAUUUUAAUGGUGAUUUUUCAUCCUUUUUAAAGCGUGAUCGCCCCUAAUCACAUUAUGCUUUAAAUUAAAUGGAAAACAGCAGCCUGGACAUUCUGCAGAACUUCUGCCUUUGUGUUCAAUGAAGAAUGAACGGCAUAUGGGUGUGGAAAGACAUGAGGGUGAGUGAACAAUGACAACAUUUUGAUGGGGGAUGAGCUAUUGCUUUAAGAAGCCUGGUGACACACCAGAAUGCAAAGCACAACAUAUUUUGGUGACCAGCAGUGCUGUCCUUUUUCAGCAAAGCACACACACCUACCACAUACAAAUGCUGCACAUUGCAACACUCACACAUGUAUUUAUAACUCUAAACCUGCACUUCUUUAACUGAUGUUCUGCAAGCAGUGGAUGAACCAAACAACCCAACAGGACGACCCUCGUAACAGGUCUCGUACACUGUAUUAAACAGAGGAAACCUGCAAGGACAAGAUGUGUUCAAAUGUGUCCCAUUUCAAAUACCCUUUUGUGUAAAUGCAGAAAAUAGUACUAAAAAACUUUGAGUCUUGUCCAGUAAGCAUUUGUUUUCAAGUAUGGUGUGGACUUCAGCAGCUGUGGCAGGACUAUGCAGUUUCUGGCCAUUCAGCAUUUCCUUUUCAAGCUCCUCAAGAGACAGAAACACAGAGAAUCUGAUGACAAUUUACACUGAGAGAGAUAAAUUAGUAAUUGUUUGCUAAGGCUCAUACUUUGGGGUUUGUUUAAAUCCCUACAUUUUAAACGGAUGCAUGUAACGUUCUACUGUUUGUGCAACGGAGUACAGACAUGAAUGACACCUCAAACCAUGCAGCUUGUUGUGGAGAGGUGUGCUGUUACUUUUCUAAGCAAUCAGACUUCAAAGAAACAGAUCAAUAUUUUUAAGUCCUUUUUUACUAUAAAUCCCCACAUUCAAACAGCCCUCCUAAGCCCUCUUUCCUCAGAGUUUUUAUUUUGUUUUUGCCGAUUUGCAUUUUUCAUGCAUAUCGCCACCUAAUGGGCAGGGAGGAAAAUCUAUAGUAAAAAAUGAAUUAAAGGUGAAGUGUGUAACUUUAUUGAUGUCGAAAUACUUUGUACAAUCCCAGUUUAUUGUACUAUAAGUAAGCCAUUUGUGGGUUUACCUCUCCCACUGAGCCUCCCAGGCACAAUCAAAACACUCCAGAAGAAAGAGAGUGCAUGCCAAUAUGAAACAAUGUUUGCAAGCUAUUUUAUAUAUAUUAUUCUAUAAUAUAUUCUAUAAUUUGACAUUCCAAGUGAUUUAUCCCACUAGAUAAAUCCACUGGGGAAUUGACCAUUUAAAAUUAAACUACCUGUAGAAAUUUAAUUGGAUUUAUUUAUAAUUUUUUAUAUAUUUUAUUUGAUUGGUCUUUGAUUUGGGCUCACCAAUGGUGGUCUCACAAAUGUCUUGUCCACCACCUCAUGGCGAUAUUUGCUCCCAUCCUCAACACACUUGUAUUAUUGCCGAGCUUCUCUUGAAUUACCAUGGAGAUAAGCUUCAGUCCAUCAGGUCCUUGAUCUACCCCCUAAACACACACAUGCGGAGUCAUUAUUUCUGCUAUCUGUGUCAAAUGUGAGUCUUGUGAUCUAAGAAUGCAUUUUUUUUUAAAAAGAACAUACA